GUCUCUUGGCGAACAUGGCGGCAACUUGACAACGGCAGCGAGAUGGAGACGGUGAGGGCUUGAACAAGAACACAGGUCCGUAAAAGGCUGCAGGCCCAACUGCCGACACCGAGCCAGACGGCUUCGCCAUGUUGGAAGAGGAAAGUAGCCUUGUCCCUGCACGACCGAGGCCGGGGAAAACGUGAACGCGUCGGCGAGCCUUUGUGGAAAAGGAGUCGAGGCUACGCAGAGGAGCGGAGCUCAGGUCGGGCGGGAGGACAGCGGCUUCACCGGUCAGCCAUGGAGGAUGCGGCCCGUGGUCGCCAGCGUCUGAUUUCCCACCUGACCAGCGCUUAUUUUCAUGGGAAUUACCGCUGAAAGCCAAGGCCAGCCGGGACAAGCCACCAGCCGACACCCGAGGGGAGGAAGAGGCUGAGCGGAGCCCACGUCAAUGACUGUUGCGGCAGAGGAGCCCCCACGGUGGAGUCGGCCGGUUCCCAAAAUAUGACCAGGGGUGCUGGGACGUGUUGGCAGCAAGAAGAUGACGACGGCUUCCACAUCUGGCUAGACAACCCAAAGCCAUUCACCGACUCCGAGAGGGCGCAGAGAUGGCGACUGUCCUUGGCAUCCCUCUUGUUCUUCACCAUCCUCCUCUCUGAUCACCUGUGGUUCUGCGCCGAGGCCAAACUGGCUCGCACCCGGGACAAGUUCUCCCCCUCCCACCUCCUCUCACCCCAGACCCACUUAGCACACAGCAGCCUCAGAGAAAACCCAGAUGCUAUUUUUAUAGGAAACACGACCGAGCGCGUGUGGCGCCUGGAAACUUGCCACCACGAGAGUUUGUCUCAGAACUGCUUCACUUUCGCAGAUGCGGACCACUUGUGCAGGGGCCUCUCCAGCCAAGACGGGACUCGGACCGUCAAUAUGAGCGGCUUCUACCUUUCCUUUUGUAACUCCUACUCACUGCUGGAUUUGUUCAACGGCUCGACAAGUCCGGACAAUUUGAACUGCAGCCUGGACGUGCUGACCGACGGCGACACGGCCAGAUGCAGCCUGUGCGUCCAGGCGUACCAGCGCUACGACCAGCACGCCCAUGAGAAGUACGAGGACUUUGAGCUCCUGACUCAGAAAUACGAGCCCGGGGCUUAUUCAGUGAGGACGUGCAUGGAGCAGUGCAAGACGGCCUACAAGCCCUGGCUGUGUGCGCAGUAUUUCCCCACCACCCAGCAGUCUUGUCGGAGGAAGGUGCCGUGCCACCAGUACUGCCUGGAGGUCCAGCAGAGCUGUCCGUUCAUCCUGCCAGACAAUGAUGACUUGAUCCACGGAGGCAGCCCAAGCUUUAUCUGCACAGGGCUCUUGGGAGAUCAUUCUUCAGAUAGCGAGGCCACGUGCUGUGAUGUCCGAUGGGACUCCAUAUUGGACAACCCCUCAGGCGAGACGCUACAAAGGACUGCUUCUUCCUGCCAGCCAGAGGGGGCUUCGAUCACCUCAGCUGCCAACCCCAGACUGUGCAGUGGGCGACUGAAGAUCUGCCUGCUGGCCCUUGUCCUGCUACACACUGUCAUCAUCAUUUCAGCCUCCCAUAACUCCACGUUGGUCGGCGUGGCUGCCAUUUUCUCGCCAGAGGAGAGUACUUCGAAUGAGGAGUGAACCUUGGGGGGUUGAAUCAAGGUUGUAACGGAAGGAUGUCGCUCGGGAGGAUUAUGGCUUUUUACAAUGUCACGGCUGCCAGGGACACAUCUGGCUUUGACCUGCAGGAAAAUGCCUCCGCUAUCUGCCGGCAAUAAACCGUCAACCACAGAACGUGGCGGGGUUUUGGGUGCUAGGACUUGGACAUCAACAGAAACGGGGUGUUUGAAAGUCGCCCUCUGAAGGAUUGACCUCUUGCCUCUUGAAAUCUGCUCAUUAUUUCUAUUUCGUCUAAUGUUUUCCAGCAUAUCCCCCCACCUUCCGCCCCCGGCCUCUUUUCUUGGCGCGUGUUCGGCGGGAAGCUCGACAUCACUGUAUGCUCUCACUCUUCGUUACCUUUCGAUUUUUGCUACUCUCUCUUUUCUCCAGGUGUCAGAAUCUGUUGACAUAUCAACUGUGUUCCUCCACCUCCUGCUCUCUGUCAGCCGAGACAACUCCUCCUUCCUUGUGUGUGCUGUUGCUGGUCAGGUCUUCAGGAGUAGCUCAUCCAUCGUUGGUAGCGGUCUGUUUUGACAGGUGUUUGUGCGUUGCACAUGUUCAGCUCGUGUGUCAUCCUCCAGGACUUUUGUUAUUCCCUUACAACGGUACAUGCCGACACAUUUUAGGACCUUAAGUGCUCUGAGACUGGCUCACAUUCUCUUCUCUCUUAUUGGACCACGAAGCUGGUGAUGAAGCUGCAAAGGCAUUUGGGAUUUGGCUGCCGAGUAGCACUAAUGGUUUCUGAAGGGUUUCGUUUUACCUCAUGAUGUCGCCUGGAAACUCAAGUCACAGAGCGUGUUCUGUGUAGUCAGGACUGUGAGGACAUGCAGGGAUGCUGGCAACCUGCUGCACAGACGAAGUUCUAAACCAAAUCUCAGGGUCUCAUUUAUCCACCAACUCCUGCACGUUCAAUAUGACAUUCAUAUUUAUUUAUUGUUUUGACGUUAAGUUGGAGAAAAAUUACCAAGACUUUCCUUGUAAUUAUUCACGGUAGAGAAUUAAUUUUCGAUGAAGAAUUUAGUUUCAGACAAAGUAGAAAGCUCAUGAACUCAAACUGGAAGCUUAUCCAGCAAAACUUGACAAAGUUUUGGGAUUCUCAUGGAUGAACAAGACAUAACGCCUCCCCCUGAACAUGAAUCCCAAGCCCGAGUGAAGAUUCCUCUCCUUCACACCUCCCAUGCAUCUCUCUUCACUCUGUCUGCACUCGUGUGUCGGUUGCCUGGUUGAGAAAUGAGACUCUGAUCUGGAGUGCCUCUGUGCUGUGAAGCUCCAUAUCCUGGCUUCACAUUUAAGAAAGAGGCGGCCUGUUUCUAUUGCCUCUUCCUCAUGCUAAUGCAGGAUUGUCAGCCUGUGGAUCAGUCAACCUGCCGACGAUUUCCAAACUGCCCCUUUGAUAAGCUGGUGAACCGCAGUCUCUUCCACAGGAGAAAAGGGCUGAGUUGGUGUCCUAGUGCAGUUCGCAGUGUUUUCAAGGGCUGAUCCAUUUCAGUUUACUGUUUGUUUGUUUCCUGUCUGCUGCUAGAAGACUGCAUAGUUACAUCUGGACAGGUUGGUCUCGCCCCCCCCACCCCCAGGCCUCUUCCUUUUUUCUAACUGCUACAUUCCAUACAGUCGUUGAGCAACGAUCCACAAACACCCUCCUGCUACAUUUCACGUUUCCCAUCUUGCUUUAUGGAGGGUCAUUCACGCCGUCGGUUUCCUCUAUUUGGAGUGGCCACAGUGCUGAGAACCACCCACCUCCUGGAACUUUUAAGUUACCUCAAGUAGACGGUUUAGGCAAUUUUGAGACACAUCUUUACCAGUGAGAACUCUAAACUCUGUGACUCCACGACUGUGCUGAUGUGUGACUCACAUUCUAAUCCUAAACCUCCUGAUCACCACUGUUGUGGUCUGAGAAGUCCCAUGAAAUGUUGCACUACAUCAGGAGUGGGCAGUAAAUGAUAUAUUGAGACUAGUGUGACGGGCUGCGAGCUGAAAGACCAAAGGACAGAGGAAUAUUAGUUAUAACUCCAAUUUUUGCGACUUCAGGAUUAGAAAAUAGACAUUUUACGCUUAAAAUGGUAUUUGAUCACGUAUGUUCCUUGUACGCCUUAAAUGCAUGUUAUUUAAAUAUUGUAAAUCAUAAAUAUUAGCUAUUUUGAAGUGGCAAAUAACUGGGUUAAACAAUUCAAUUAAAUGACACAAGGUAUUUUUGAGUAACUUUUAUUACUUUUGACACAAAAAAUACGAGUGAAAUAGGCAUCAUCCACUGGAUGAAUCCAAUUUAAAGUGAUGAAAAAUGUCUCUUGAUAUUUUGCUCAAGAUGGCCACAACAAUACAAGCAAAGGGCCACACUUUGCCCCAUCACACUGGACACAGUGAAGCUUUGAGGUGUGGGCCUGAGUGGAAUCUCUUUCCUGAGGUGAUGCUCCAGGCGCAGACAUCUGGCGCCACCCUCAGAGAGGCCGACUCCCUGGCAGGUCCUGCACCACACCACACGCUUGCUACAGAACAUCUGUGGCUGCAAGUCCUGGGACAAGUGGACUUCUUCAGUGACCUCACUUUUCACGAGGGCAUUGGGGUUGCAUGAGAAAAGAGUGACCUGAGUCAGUCUGUCUGCCUAGAACAAAGGGCUGAUCCACCGUAGACCUCCUAAAGUCCAGGACCUACCCCUGUGUUCAGUAUGUGUUAGCAUAGGUCUUAGUUCAUAGCACUCACAGUAGCCCAAUCCAGAACAAGAAAGCACUGAUCUGUCACGUAACGCUUCCUGGCUCAACAUUUCAAGACGCAACAAAGCUCCAUGUUCCAGGAGAAACUGGGUUCGGUCUUGUUUUGACCCUCCCAUCUGGUGUUUGAGGAUCGCUGCUCUCAUUAUCAGAUACAGGUGAAGAACGAUUCUUGUAAGUAGAACGUUGAAUAUGAUGUCAUUGCCACCAGUAACAGCUUUAUGUGGAAUCAUGUUGCAUCAGUUACAUGUAGCUCAUGGUCACUGGCUUGACGUUCUGCGGCCCAUCUAGCAUGGCAUCCCUGGUGACGCCUUGUUUCGUUUCCCGCGACGUUCCCUUGAAGACAGCAGCUGCGGAUGUAUGGGGGCCACACUUGUAUCUACGAUCUCUUACGUUCCGUGGAUCUAUGCAGAUGAACCCCACCUGCCCAACUUGCAGCAUCUCCUACGACCUCACGUCCUUGUGUAAAUAUGUCCUAGUGAUCCCAAACCUGCGAGCCCUCGCCCUCCCAAACGUUCCCGCCUACCCCGCCACUGUUGGAGCCUCACUGUGUUUUCCGUUUGCAUCCUUGGUUUUUGUCUGUUUUUGAGACUUUUGCCGCAUUUUUUCUGUUGUCUGAAGCAGUGGUGUGAGUUGAAAAGUAGGACUAAGUUGGGUGAUAAAAAGAUGAGAGACAGAGGUCUUAAGGAAAAUGUACAAAAAUGACGCUUGAAACGAGAAAAAGGGUUCAAAUGUAGAGAAAAAAAUGUGAUAAAGUUGUCAUAUUGUCAUACUAGAGAUGCUUUAGUUUGCUAAUUUACUUUCUUUUUUUCUACAAAAAGACUUGGAUGAAAUUAUUUAUAAAACUGCGUCCCACGAGUCAUGAAUCUUUUUUGGACGUAAAAUAAAUACAUUUAUUAACAUUUUGUUCAAAAGAAAA